AUGGAAGAAAAUAUGAAGGAUAAUACUUUAAUGAUAAAAAACAUGGAUAAGGAGUAUUAGAAUGGCGUAAUUUGUGUAUAUUUAAUGUAAGGUAGCUGAUGGUAGGAAAUAUUCAGGAUAAUGGGAAUUGGGAAAAUAACAUGGUAUUGGAGAAUAUUUUAAUGGUUAAAUUAAUAAAAAAGGUUAAUGGAAUUAUGGAAAGCGACUUAAAUGGUUAGAUUGA